AUGUUGGCCGCGAAUACCAUCGAAUCUACGGAGAAGAUCCUUACUCCACCCGGUGAAUCCGGCUCCACGCAAGAGCAGGCUUCCGUUGGAACCGAACUUCAGCAACAAAUUCGCGAAACGGUGGAGACGAUCUUUAGCGACACCAAUCUCUCCAAAGACCAGUUUAUGAAGGAACUGGUCGAGCAGUCGCCUGAAGGAUGGGUCACUUUGAAAAAAGUUAACAGCUUCAAGAAAGUCAAAACUCUAACCUCAGGGGAUGCCUCUGUUCUGAUCGAGGCCAUCAAGACUUCUUCAAUUUUACAGCUGAACGAUGAUGACACCAAACUUAGAAAAGCUCCAAGAGAUCAAAUUCAAGCUGCUGCCGAUGUACCAAUUGCUGGCUUGGCACCUGUAGCUGGGCAAUCCAGAGCACUUGUUUUGGCUUUGAAGGAUCCAAAGCUGGACAAAUCGAUCUACGUCAAAGGAUUCCCCAAUCCAGAUGAAGAAGGCUAUGAAGGUGACCACAGCAUUGAGUCUCUCGAAAAGGAUAUCCAUCGAUUUUUUGAACAGUAUGGUAACGUGAAAUCCAUAAAGAUGAGAAAAGAUGACGAAAAGAAAUUCAAGGGAAGUGCCUUUGUCGAAUUUGAAGCAUCUGACAAGGUUGAAGAAGUGUGUGCCCAAAGUUUGACGCGAAAAUAUGUUGUGAAGAAGUUUGAGGAACACAAAGACGAAGACUGGGCUAAGAAGGUUUGGGAAGAUAGAACCAAACAAAAGUCGAACAGAUUGGUCAAGUUUUCCAAUGCUGCUGGCAAGUCCAUAGGGAAAGUCAAGGAAUCAUUUGGCGCUGAUUGUGUUGGUUGGAUCGACUUUAUUGGUGAUGGCGUUGGUGUUAUACAAAUUCGCAACAAGACUGCCGAUGAGUUUAUUCAAGAAUUCAGUGGCGGUGAGCACAACCUCGAGUUUGCUAUUCCAACAGACGAGGAAACCAGGCUUUUCUUUGAUAAGAAAGAUGCAAAGCUAGCAAAGGUAGACGGCGGAAAUUCUCGGGGGCGAGGAAGAGGUCGUGGCCGAGGUCAACGCGGUGGUCGCGGUGGUCGCGGUGGACGUGGUGGACGUGGUGGUCACAAUGCCAGCUCCGAACCAAAGGGAGGCGAGGAGAAAUCUGUGGGACCCGUCAAGCGAAAAGCAGAAUCACAACCAGAGGGCAUACCACAAGUCAAGGAGACAAAACUCAAUGGUGCAUAG